GCGGCCGCGAGCGGUGCUCUGGUGGCGCAGACGGGAGACGUCAACAGAAAACAUGGCCGCGUUCUGUUGAGGAUUUUCUUUGUGUUUGCCAAGUACAAUUUCACCAUUUUAGGCCAGAAUUCAAAUUGAGAUCAUUGAACGGGAGCACCGCCGAAGAAGGGAAAUGAUCCAUCCUGCAGUGUCUGUCCACCAGCUGCCCAGAAACCAGCAGCCACCGAACAACACUGGAAACAGGAUGCCGCACCACCAGAUGCCGAUGCGAAUGCCGCAGCCUCGCCUAGCUGUGCCGCAAUCACACCCUCACCUGGUGAUGGGUCUGCAGCCGUCUCCCGCAGGAGUGCAGAUGGUGCCAGUGGCCGCUCCCCUCGUGGCCGCCGCCGUCGUGUCGGCGCCCGAAGAGCCGCCACGGGCACCAGCAAUCGUCGUGGCCGCUCCCCAGCAGGUCACCAAGGCAGAGUCCGUCUCCGACGCGGCCGAGAGCGAAGCCUCCGACGAGGCGGCCUCUGCCUCCCAACUACCCAACUUGGCAAACACUAAAGAGAAGACACCCAUGUGCCUGAUCAACGAGCUGGCAAGAUUCAACAAGAUAACCCACCAGUACAGACUGACCAGCGAGACAGGCCCAGCACACAAAAAGCAGUUCACGGUUACGCUGCUGCUCGGCAGCGAAGAGUACACUGCGGAAGGCGCCAGCAUCAAAAAGGCGCAACACGCGGCAGCAGCCAACGCUCUGGUCAAGACCCGCUUUGAGCACCCUCCACCCAAGACGCAGCGGGUGCUCAAGGUGCAUAAAGCAAAUGUGACGCCAACCGUGGAGUUGAACGCAUUGGCGAUGAAGCGCGGGGAGCCGACCUCGUACACAAUGCUGGAGCCACUGCCCAGUCAGUUCCCGCCGGUCUAUCCGCGGGGUCUGCCCUACCAGCGCUUCCACUUCAACAAGCAGCUCGUGUACCCGCCGGCGCCCCCUCCCGUCUUCUAUGCCACUCUCAAGGUGGGCGAAAGGGAGUUCCCCGGACAGGGAAAAACUGCCCAGGCGGCUAAACAUGAUGCUGCCGCCAAGGCGCUUUUGGAACUGAAAGCUCUUCCGCUGCCCGAAAACAGUGGCCAAGAAAAUGGCCAGGGCAAGGAGGACGAAGAUGGGUGCAACCUGAAAUCGCCAAUUUCCCAGGUGCACGAGAUGGCUUUGAAAAGAAAUAUGGCUGUGACUUUUGAGGUGAUCAAAGAGAGAGGACCUCCGCACAUGAGGACCUUCCUAACCAGCUGCAAAGUGGGUGACAUAGUGACCGAAGGAGAGGGUAAUAGUAAGAAGACGUCAAAGAAGAAAGCAGCAGAAAAUAUGUUGGAUGAGCUGAAAAAGCUUCCUCCAAUGAGUCCCCCUGAAUUGGUGAUUCCGGUGAGAGCCAAAAAGAAGCAACCUGUAGUCAAGAAGAAGACGAGGAAUCUGAUAAAGGUUGCGCAGGAGCCCAAGGGCAAGCAGGAGGGAUUGGAGGAAAUCAAUCCCAUAUCUCGACUCAUCCAAAUUCAGCAGGCGAAGAAGGAAAAAGAGCCCGAGUACACUUUGGUUGAAGACAGGAACAACUCGAAAAGGCGUCAGUUUGCAGUCAUGGUGAGCGUGGGGGAGUUGUGCUGCACAGGCUACGGCCCCAACAAGAAAAUGGCCAAGAGGUCUGCCGCCGAAGCGAUGCUCAAAACGAUCAACUGCGGCGGCACCGAAACUCCUGCAGACCCCAAAAACAAAAAGGACAAAACCCGAAAGGUGAAGUUCCAGGACGAAGCCCUGGUGGAGUCGAAGGAGCCGCCAAGCCAGCCGGGGGGCACCAGUGGCCGCCAGCUGGUGCCCGGCUUGUUGCUGAUGACUGACGGAGCCGCGGCCAACGGCCAGGCGGGCGGCUCCGCAGUCAAAGGGGCGGCCAACCCUGUUUGCCAGACCACUGCCCUGAUCGCCAAGGAGCUGCUCAACUCGGGCAGCUCCCCAACGGCCGAGGCACUUGUCACUGCAGGAAAGAUUUCAGGCUCCGCUCAGAGCGGCCAAACCAGUCCUCCGGAGGCCGCGCCAGCCCCGGCCGCGGAGAUUAGUGCUGAGCAGGACGCGGCAGGUCAGGCAGCCAAGCCCAAGGAGCUGCUCAGCUAUCUGGCCAAGCUGCUCAAGUUCAGCGUUCAGUACACCGAUUUCCCGAAGGUGAACCAGAGCGAGUUCUUGAGUCUGGUGUCCCUGACCACAAACCCACCCCAAACUCAUCAUGGCGCAGGACCUACCAUUGAAGCCGCUCAGGAAAGGGCCGCCCACACUGCUCUGAGGGCUCUUUCCGAGUACGGAUUCAACACCGCCAACCUCAAUCUCAAGGAGCAAGAGAAAAACGAAAACUAAGCAAAAUUCAUUGUCCAGCGGAUGGCUCAACGAUGCGGCCAUGUAUCGCCCAACAAUGCAAGCCUCCAGUGCGGAGGUUUGCAUUGUUGUCCACCUACGCUAUCUUCUGUUCAGCAACCUAAACUAACAUUUGCUGUCUCGUGCUGCGCCUUUACUCAACUAAAGCAUUUUGUUGGCCUCGACGGAGGCGGCGGCCAGGCCCUGGAGGCGGCUCGCGCAGCAAGAGCCGCCCUCAGCCUCGAUUCUUCACUCAUGAAGUUCUCUGUGUCAAGCAUCUUGGUGUGUCCGACUAGUGUCGGUCCUGUGUACUCUUACUUAAUUAGCCUUUGUGUUCUUAGUUCUCAUUUGGGCAGAGUCACCCACGGACGCACCAUUUGUGUCAAACAAUGAGGAGACAUAACUUUCCCUCUUUUAUUAUCCUUUAUCAAGCUGCCAAUAACCGGUGCAGAUUUCUUUUUGACUUUUUCCUUAGCGGAUAAUUCAGUUUAUUUGAUUUUACCCUUAGGAGUUUUCACUUUUUUUCUGAAUUUUUACCGCACUUGUCUUCAUAGAAUUGGAUUUGAAUUAAUGACUUAGCGGACUUGGUGCCUCCAUGGGUCGAUUUUGGCACCCUUAGAAUGUAUUAACCUGAGGAGCGCGUUCCUCUCUGAUGAGAAAAAAAAGGAAAAUAUGUAGCUUGUUGGUUGUCGAGUAGAGCGACAGGGGUGGCGUCGCCGGCCGGCCCUUUGCAGCAGGCGUCGCCACCCAAAGUAUUAGGCCCGAGGGCCCUGCCAAGGACGGGGGCUCUUCUCCUUUUUGGCUCCAUACUUCUCACACAGUGAAUUUCAUGUUAUGUUUUACCUUUGAGCUUUUAGACCAGCAGAGAGGCCACCGCGCCAAUCUCAAACUUCCCGACCAACCAUUUAAAACUGCAAAGCUGGAAUCUAAUCAAAAAUUGUGGCCAAGAGAUUGGCGCUGGCCCUCUGCUCUCUUGCAUAGCUUCAAAAAUUAAAAAAAGGAAAUACUAUACCACGA